AUGUCUGGUACACUCAUUGAACGUUCGUUGUACGAACGACAUUCAUUAGUCUUACGCUCUUACUUUCGUUUCAUUUCUCUUCUUUCCUUCCAAGUCUUCAACAUGCGUUUCCAACUUCUGUCUAUUCUCGCCGUUCUGGCUUCGGUCUCGGUUGAGGCUUCGCAGCCGGAGGUUCGUGACCUCGCCAACCAGGCUGGCCCUGCUGGCGUCGCACGCUCCUUUGAGCGGCCUCACGGCAACAUGCGCCGCAGCCGUUCGCGUCACAACAAGCGCAAGACGUGCCGUGUCCGUCCCAGUGCGUCCGGCUCGGCUCCCACCACCUCAUCCGGUCCCGCCGACAGCAACUCGUUCGCCGCGGACAAGGGAGGCAAGCCCUCGGUUUCUGCCUCUGACUCUGCCUCUGACUCUACCUCUUCCUCUCCUUCUGCUUCUCCCUCUGCUUCUGGAUCAGCUCCCGCCGACGGUGCGUCCAAAGAGGACAGUUUCGAGGAGGCUGAGGCGUCCUCGGCCUCGUCAGCGCCGGCCAAGCCUGCCCCAACUGCUGCCGGCUCCGGCGGCGUCAACACCGCGGACAAGGUGCUUGCUGGCGACGUUGACAAGUGGAUCGGCACCCUCGCCCCUGAGCAGGGCCCCGUGGGCACCGCCAUCGACACGUUCACUACCGGUGGCGGUGGCCCCGGCGUUACCAUGAUCGACAAUGCUGGCGCGGUCAAGCAAGGCUCGUUCGACAGCAUGACCAUCGAGGGCAACAAUCCCGGCCUUAAGACCGCGUACGGCCUCGCCAGCUUCAACGGCGACUCGGCCACCUUCAAAUUCCGCCAGGGUCAGGUGGGCGACAACGAUUCGUGGUUCUGGUACACGACCCCGGACCCCGGCAACACUGGUAUGGACCUCACAGCCGCACGCACUGCCUCGUUCACCUACACUGUCAAGUUCCAGGACGGCUUUGACUGGAAGCUUGGAGGCAAGCUCCCGGGCUGGUAUGGCGGUGACUCUGCCGACGCCGGCAAGCAUUGCACUGGUCACGCUGGCAGCUCGUCGUGCUUCACGUCGCGUCUCAUGUGGCGCUCGGGAGGUGUCGGCGAGGUCUACAACUACUACUGGGGCUCGAAGCAGGCUUACUGCACCGACCCGUCCACGUACAAGGUCGGCAAGUCCGAGGUCAUCUGCCACUCCGGUUCGGGCGACUCUCUCGGCCGUGGCGCGUUCAACUUUGAGGCCGGCAAGGCCGUCACCAUCACCAACACCGUUACGCUUAACACGAUGAACGGCAACUCUCCCAACGAGGAUGGCAGUCAGGUCAUCGUCGUCGACGGCGUCAAGGUCAUCGAGGCGAACAAGCUCGUCCUCCGUCACCACGAUGCGGGCCGCAUCCGCGGCCUCUUCUUCUCGACGUUCUUCGGCGGCAGUGGUGGCUCGUGGGCCAGCCCCAAGGAGCAGGAGGUGACGUUCAGCGACAUCUCCGUCUCGAUCCUUGAGAAGCUCUAA